AUGGACUCUGUCAAAGAAUCGCAGCAUCAUAAUGUUGGGGAGAAGGGACCUCAAAUUUCACCAUCAACAAAAAUGGCAAAUGGAUACAUUUUGCCAGAAGGAAAAGUCACACCGAAUACAAUUUUUGUUGGUGGAAUUGAUAUGAAGGUGGAUGGAAAUGAAAUCAGCGAUUUCUUUGCAAGAUACGGGGCAGUGAAGGAAGUUAAAAUAAUCACUUACAGAGGAGGUAUAUGCAAAGGGUACGGGUUUGUCUCAUUUGAGGAGGGUGUGGAUAUUCAAACCAUUGUUGAACAACAGAUCAGUUUUAAAGGCAGAAAGUUGAAACUUGGACCAGCAAUAAUGAAAGAAAGUAGUCUAUGUUCCAUUCAGAGUGAUAUUGGACCUGCACAAUGGAUGAUGGGUCCUUCGCAACAGGUGUAUUGUGUGUGUUGCAGCCAAAUGAUGGAAAAUGUUAUGCAGCCUUCUCCUGUUAUGAGCCCAGGAAACCAAUAUGUCCAGCCAUAUGCUUACCCAGGUUUCCCAGCAGUUGUAAUGCCACAGGUGCCUAUGGUCUAUUGUCAGAAUGCUUAUGCAUAUCAGCAUGCUGCCCCACAUUGGCCUGCAGGAGAAUAUAGGACGAGACUGGUGAACCAGAAUUUCGUCGACUGUGGUGUGCAGACACUGCUGACUCUGUUAUGAUAGG